UUUAUAUAUAUAUACUUUAUAUAUUAUAUAUCAUACAUUUCUCCUUGUCGUCAAGGAACCUGUCUUUCUGUCCUUCUAUUUUAAUAAGAAAAUAUGGAGCUUCCCUGGGCAUCGGAUACUACCGGUGCUGGGACGCAUAAUUUCAUACCAAACACCACAACUCUUCCACCUUCAACCAGAAUUACCGUAGAAGACACCAGCACCAGUGCCGCCGGGCUUUCUUAUCCAACUACAACAGGCCAUCGGAUGCUCAGACGCCCACGCGCUGACACAAUGCCUUCUCAGGCCUCUUUUCCGUAUCCGCCAAUGUUCGGCGGUCUUGCACCUGUCCAGGCAACCAGACAUCGUUCAGGGUCUGUCAACCUCCCUUCAGACCAGUCCGAAGAUCUUAGUGAAGCAUUCUAUGGUGCAAGCUACACUGCCUUACCCCUGGACGACGAUCCCGAUGCAGAUAUCACUAUUGCAAGCACUAUGGCGUCUCUAGGUCUCAACGAUGAAGACAUCGAUCCACAAGAAGAAGCUCGGCAGACCUUUGUCACUCCACCCGGUCUGUCCGUUCCUCACAAUUCAUUCUUUAACGGAACCGCCACAGGAGGAACCAACGGAGCCAGUGUAGGCAGUGGAGUAGGAGCCGCACAAGCCGCAGGAGGUGUAGGAGGUGUAGGAGUAGGAGUGUCAGGAAAUAAUACGACAAGCGAUUCGCCAAUGACUCGUAAUCGAGCCUACACUGUAGCUACGCGUGCACCUCUCGAUCGACCCGACCUCAAUCGGAUUGCACCCGGCCUCAACUUCAGCCCCUUUUCUCCUCAAACCUUGAAUGCAGUGCAGACAAGACCAAGAGCCACGAGCAUGGGAAUGGCCGAUGGAGCAAUGAUGAAUUCAUUCUCUCCAUUCGACAUCAAUUCAUUCCAGCAGCGCAUUCCGACUCGCUUCCAACCUCCCCAGGUGGUUGUCUCGGCUGAGCCAGAACAACCGGAACACACAUUGCGCAAUACAUACAGCAGCGGAAAUCUUUUUGAUAUGAACCGCGACAUGACGUUUGCUCCAGUCAACAACAGUCGCAGGCCUUUCCGCCGUGUGCCUUCUCACGAACAGCUGGAUAGAUUGCCAGAAUCAGACAACACUAAUGAUUUUUAUAGUGGUUCUGAUUCAUUUACUGUAUGGUCUGGGUUCGAUACGUCAUCGCCUGGAACACAGAUCCCUUCGCGUGCACUAUGGCUAGGAAAUGUGAACCCAAGCUUGAGUGUACCUGAUCUGAUUCAGCUCUUUUCUUGUUACGGAACUGUCGAAAGCGCAAGGAUUUUGUCAGAUAAGGAGUGUGCAUUUGUAAACUUCUCAACAGUGGAAUCUGCCGUGGCUGCAAAGGCAGAUCUUGAGACCAGACUUGGCAACAAAGUUGCCGGGACUCCUGUACGUGUAGGUUUUGGAAAAGCAGACGUCAGUAUUGCCAUGGCUCUCACAAACGAAGCCGGUCCUAAUGCCCAAGGUCCCACGCGUGCUCUUUGGGUGGGUAAUAUUCCGGCAAAUAUAAACCCUGCUCUCUUGCGUGCUUUGUUUCAGACCUAUGGACCCAUCGAAUCUGUGCGUGUAUUGUCCCACAAAAACUGUGGAUUUGUGAACUUUGAACACCAGGAAGAUGCAGUCAAGGCAAGAAAGUCACUCCAGAACAAGGAGGUUCUCGGACCAGGCACAGGACCUGUGCGUAUCGGAUUUGCAAAGGUUCCAGCCACUCCUUCUGAGGACAGCCAAGGAGAUGAAUCCGCACCUUCAACAAAUCCUGGUUCCAACUCUCCUAGCACCAGUAACACCGAUGUAAACAGUAGCACUGUCAAUGCCUCGAGUGCCACUACGACCAACUCAAACAAUGGCACACCUGAUAAUUAUCAAGCUACUCAAUGGGCAACCGCAAUGAUGAUGACAAGCAUGAUGAUGCGGGCCUCGGGACAACCGCAACCCCUGUCGUCCUCUCAACCCACAAGCUUGUAUACAGCUAUUGCAGCCGAGCGCUGCUUUAUUAUGCAGCAGUUAGGAUGUGUAGGAUCUCUUGAUGAAGAAGAAGAACGUGCACCAGUGACCUACUCAUCUGCAAUUCCAAUUCUUCCUGAAAUUGGUGCUGAUCGUCACCUGGAGCCAUUGAGACUAAGGGAGAUGCGCAAGGGAUUGGAUUCUGGACAGGGAUUGUCAGAAGUAGAAAGCAUGGUGGACGAGUGUAUGGACGAGAUUGUUGAGCUUUGCAGUGAUUACGUUGGUAAUACAGUUAUUCAAAAGCUGUUUGAGUAUUGCACUGAGGACACCAAGGAAAGAAUGCUUAGUGCCAUUGGACCUUACCUGGCAUCGAUCGGUGUACACAAGAAUGGUACCUGGGCAGCUCAAAAAAUCAUUGAUUACGCCCACACCGAGGGACAAAUGCAGCUGGUGUGUACGCAUGUAGCACCCUACGUGCCUCUGUUGCUGCUGGAUCAGUUUGGAAACUACGUGGUGCAGUGCUCCUUGCGUAUGGGACCCGAGAAAAACCAAUACAUCUUUGAUGCUAUUGUAGACAAGUGUUGGGAGAUCGGACAGGGUCGUUUCGGUGCGCGUGCAGUGCGUGCAAUUCUCGAGAACCCUGUGGUGACCAAGAAGCAGCAAGUGUACUGUGCAGCCGCAAUUGUACAGAAUGCAGUCUUGUUGACCACCAACACCAACGGAGCCUUGUUGCUACUGUGGCUACUAGACACAUCCGAAUUACCUGGGCGUUACCGUGUACUUUGUCCUCGGCUGUUGCCUUACCUCACCAAGCUAUGCACGCACAAAUUGGGUUCGAUGACUGUCUUCAAGGUCAUUAGCCAGCGCCAGGAGCCCGAUGCUAGCCAAUUGCUGCUCAAUGCGAUCUUCAAUGACUCUAGUCUCCUCGAAGAAGUUCUCCGUGACCAGGUGCACGGUGUCGGACUUGUACAGAAAAUAAUUGCCCUCCCACAUCUUGAGAAACGCGCACAGAUGGUGGCUCAGGUCAAAGAAAUCCUCGGACAUCUAAAGAUCUCUCCGACUUCCCAGAGCUACCGUAAACUACUGGAGGGAUUGGACGAGACCCCCGAGGAAGAUCCUGAAGAAGAAGGUGAAGGUGUGCCUGUAGAAGAUCAGAGUACUGCUAGUGUAGGACUAGAGUGGCUACAAAACCCACAGGCAGUGGCCAUGAUGGCCAAUAUGUACGCAGCUGCCAUGACAGCUGCAGCGUCUACUAUGCAGCCCGAGUAUCCUCAGCAGCAGCAAGUAGCAGUCAAUCCGCCGCUACAGCAAAGCUCGCCGGUGCAGGCAGCAGCAGAACAGCCUCGGCCUGCUGCAGAUUUACCAGACAUGGCACAGUUUGAUCAGUUGAUAAAGUCACUUUUACACUCGGGAAAUACCAAUACACCAACCACAGAACCGUCCCCAAAGACAGAGGAACAGGAAACAGAGGAAAAACAGGUCUGAUAGGCUUUUUAUACGGUUUGUGAGUUUGAGUGCGAGUGUAAGCAUGAGUGUAAGCAUGAGUGUGAAUGUAAAGCAUUGUGCCCUGGCUUUUAUUUAUUUUAUUUUAUUCCUACUUCUUGGCACAUCAUUACUAUUAUCAACAUCGACAUCGACAUCAACUUGCCUUCUCUCUUCUCUCUAUCUCUCCCUAUUCCCUCCCCCCUUUCCCUUUCUUUAUUUCGUACAAUCCAAAACAACCUCUUUAUCAAUUGUCCUUUCUUUGCAUUUUCCAUUUCCAUUGUCAAAAUUUGUACACAGUUUUCAUGUUUUAUUCUUUCCAUUUCAUUUUUCCUUUUUCUACUAAUUUUUCUUCUGUUAAUGGACACCAACUCUCUCUCUCACACACACGCACAUAUACACACGCACACGAUGAAAAAAAAAAACAAAACAAAAAACAAAGUCAAAUAAUUUCUAUUGCUCUUUAUGAUGUUGUAGAUGCUAGAAUCGCUUCUCCAUCUUCCCUUCCUUCUUUUAUUUUUCCUUUUUUUUUUACUAUUAUAUUUUAAUUGUCAUUUUAACAAUGUAAAUACCAGUUCUUUAACAACAAAAAAUAAAAACAAAAAUAAAUAAAUAAAUAAAAAGUGAUUAAAAAUU